AUGCCUGGAGUUCCCAUCGACGCCCUGGACAACCUCAAGUCCAAGUUCAAGGCCAUCUUCAAGAAGAAGGACGAGAAGAAGGCCGAGGCCAAGCCCGCCGAGGCAAAGCCUGCUGCGACGACCACCACGCCCGCUGCCACCGAGCCCACCAAGACUGAAGCUGCUCCCGCCGCUGCCCCGGCCACUGAGCCCGCUGCUGCCCCUGCUCCUGCUCCUGCUGCCGCUGCUGAGCCAGCCAAGGCCCCCGAGCCUGAGGCCAAGAAGGAGGAUGCUGCUCCUGCUACCACCGAGCCCGCCAAGGCUCCCGAGGCUGCUCCCGCUGCGCCCGCAACCCCUGCUGUAGCCGCCGAGGCCCCCAAGGCCCCUGAGCCCGCCACCGCGCCCGCUCCUGCUGCUGCCCCUGCUGCCCCGGCCGUCACGGAGCCCGCGAAGACGGAGGAGACUCCCGCACCCACCGCCCCGGCCGCCGCCCCCGCUGCUGCUGAGACCGCGCCCGCGCCCGCUGCCGCCCCUGCUCCGGCCGUCGCUGCCCCCACUGAGGCCGCCAAGCCCGAGGAGAAGAAGGAGGCCGCUGCCACCGCCUAG